AUGAGUCGACAUGGCUACGGCUACUACGAGGAUGACGACAAGGGCUCCUGGUGGCUACAGCCGAAGCGCGCGUACAGGCCGUUUGGACCAUUCCGUCUCGUCUCCACGCUGAUGGUGGCCGUCGCCAUUGGCUUCAUCGCCUUCGGCCUCGCGUGCGCAGUAAUGUUUGUUGCCGAGGUCGCGGAGGAGCACCCGUCGCGCACCAAAGGGAUUCUUCGUGCUCUCAUCAUCUUCAACUUUGUCGUGCACGCGUCCAUUCUUAUCGUAGAUCAGAUGAGCUGGUGGCGGUCGUUGCUCAGCCUCUUGGUGAAUGUGCUGUACUUGCGGUUGCUGCGCAGCUUCCCCUUUGUGUCGGGCAUGAACAGCCCGCUGGUGCUGGCGACGAUGCUGGCGGUGUUACUGGAGAGCGCCAUGUGGUACUGGUUUGCACUGCGACUUAUGUACUACACGUCCAUGCUGUUGGUUUUUGGGUUCUUCCUGAUGCUGUGGCUCGUGCCGAUUGGGCUUCUGUCGUCAUGUGUCAUAGAGGAUGAUCAGUUGCCGGGCGGCGGUGGCGCAGGGGCGAUGCACAGUUGUCUCGGCUCCGCAUCCGGCGGCGGCUCAUCCGCGCGGGACGCAAUGGCGGGUGGGCGUCGGAGGCGCACCAUUCUCAAUCGUCUAGCGGACCUGAUUAACAACGCCUAG